AUGCAACAACAAGAACAAGUUUGGAACUGUCAUGAGAUGUCACCUUUGUUGAUGACCGAGAGGUCAUCUGCAUCAGCCGCACCACCAGACACAGUUACAAGACCAUCCCUCUCCAACAAGAAUCAAACAGAACUCAACUGUCUCAUCUUUGUCAACUUUGACAUACCAAGAGAGGCAAUCCAAUAUCUUUGGUCAAAGUGUGCUUUGGUUAUAUGUGCUGAUGGAGGUGCCAAUAGACUGUUCAAGUAUUGCCUGGAUACCAACUGCCAACUCGUACCCGACUAUAUAAAGGGAGAUCUGGACUCGAUUGAUGAGGCCGUCCGUGAGUACUACACAAAGAUUGGUGUACCCAUCACGACAGACCCAUCACAAGACUCUACAGACCUUAUGAAAGCAAUGGAGUUAGUCCGUGAAGUAGAACAGACACAUGAUAUCACAUUCUCAAACAUAUACGUCAGUGGAGGACUUGGUGGCAAUAUAUCACAUGAGAUUGCAAACAUUAACAAUAUGCAUAUGAACCCUGAUACUCGCAUGGUACUCUUUUCAGAGGGCAACAUUGCUUGGUACAUCAAUCCAAAGUUCAAGCACACGAUUCAUCUCAAGAGCGGUGUGAACUGCUCGGUCAUUCCAUUCGCUGGCACUGUCGACGAGGUUACAACCACCGGUCUGCGAUGGAAUCUGGACCACCACGAGAUGAAGUUUGGCGCCAUGGUCAGCACCUCCAACAUCACUCUGGACAAUGUCACGACCAUCCUCACCAGCGGACCUUUGGUAUUCAUUGUUGAUAUCAUUCAUUAG